AUGCUCCACGAGAUCCUCCUCUCUCUCUCGGGGCAUCCGUCGCCUCUCCUCCGAGCCGGAGCUGCCGACUCGAGCCCGGUGUCCGGCGUCACGCCUUCGGAACGCCAGCUACUAGCCUCGGCGGCGCAUCUCAGCGACAUCCACAUCAAGCUCAUCAAGUACGCCGGCCAGACUGCCGGUGCUCACGCGUCGCCGAUAUGCAGGGCCGUGGGCACGGCGAUCCAGUCGAUUCACCUAUCUGCUUUCCAGCGCAAGAUAUUGGAGGUGGAGGAGAGCAUAUUGAAGGAGGACCCGGAGCUGGUGGGCGAAUACAACAUCGUGCCUCUGACGGCCGUGAUGGGAGAGUUCACCCAAUGGACGAGGCGCUUUGAAUGGCUCUGGGAUAUUGUUCAGUUCAUGAUGCUCAAGGACGAAAAGGGUCCCUGUCGUGGUUCUCAAAUCAUGAACCGUCUGCGAACUGAGCUGCAGAGCGGCUAUCGGGACGUGGAAGAGGCGGCGAUGAGCUUGGUCAAGGUGGCAGAGACUGCAUGGCUGAAACAGGUGUCGGCUUGGGUUCUCUAUGGGAGACUGCCGAACUUGGGAGGCAACGACUUUUUUAUCCAAAAGGUGGACGGGACUGCCGAGUACAUUUACGAGCCAGAACUUCUCCCCGGGUUCGUCACGCCAGCCACAGCGACGUCGAUGCUCUUCAUCGGCAAAUCACUCAACCACACGCGCGUUAGAGCAACAGUCGACUCGGGCAUGGGAGGAUUAGAUCACCUCUCGACAAAGCUUCAGGAGUUGGCCAGUCUGUCUUUCCCCGUCAAUGGCGCCACAUUCGCGAGAACCAUUGUCUCGAUUCGACUAUCACUCUCACAAAAUACCCUUCAAAAGAUCUUACCCACAGCAAAAGUCAUUGAGACGUUGCAGCUGCUCCGAGAAUUCUUCCUACUGGGAAGGGGAGAGUUUGCCAUGGCCUUGACGCAGGAAGCAGACGACAGAAUCCGAAACCGCUGGAGAAGAGCAGGCAAUCUAGCGCACGAGAGCAAAGACGGGGUGAAAAACGUGACCGUGAAAGACGGAGAAGUCUCUGCCGUUUUGGCAAGGACCUGGGCCGUCCUCGUAGCCAUGCAGCGGAACCAAGUAGAAGAAGACGAGCUGCUAGAGCUCGCAAGAGACUUACUUCGGCUACACCUCACAAAGGCCAGCCUCACGCCCGUCAACGUCAGUCCAGGCCUCAAUGCCGAGGAAGCCAAGUUGCUUGCCUCGUCACCAUUCCGAAACCUGCUCUUUUCAACUCCCGUAAUUCUGUCCAUUCAGCUGCCGUCCCCCCUCGACAUGGUCGUCUCACCCUCCGACCUCCAACUCUACUCCUGCAUCAAUUCUUACCUCAUGUCUAUGCGUCGAGCCCACAUCCGCCUCACCGACCUAUGGAAAAUCACCUCCCUACGACGACAUCAUCCUGCACCCCGCGGGGCAACCGAAUACGCCGGCAUCCUCCGCGAGCGGUGGUCAGCCCGAGGAGCAGCCCUCCGGAGCUCCUGGACAACCGCCAGCGCAGCCAUCUUCUUCCUCGGCGAAACAGAAGCAUACUUUCAGACAGAAAUCGUCGAGGGCCUCUGGGAAGGCUUCCUCACCUGGCUGACGGGAAAAGAACGACGGCGAGAAGGCGGUCGCUCCGGCGCCGCAACGCCAGCCGCACACUCCGCGAAACACAGCACCGCAACCAUGGACUGGAGACCCAGCUCCUCCAGCAACGCCGCAAACCCAAACGACGUGUCCAAAAUCCUCGCGCGUCCCGCCCCCGAUCCGCAAACCCUCACGACCGCGCACUCCUUGUACCUCCGCACGCUCGUCCACCGUCUGCUCCUCACACAACCCGCCUUCACGAACCUCCUCUACACGCUCCUCAACCACAUCGACCAUCUCGUCACGCACAUCCAGAGGCUACACUCCAUAUUCACGUCCAUCGACCUCGAGACCGACGCCGGCGUGCUCGAUUCUUCCACCGAUCUCAACCGCGAAGAGCAGCACACCAUGGCGCUCAUACGGGGGGUGGAGGACAAGAUCCAGAGGGGCAUAGAAGACGUCAUUGCUGCGCUGCGGGCCCUCGAGGGCGACGUCGAGUUUCUCGCAAGGUGGGAGGGCCUUGAUGGCACGGAGGACGGGCAUGAGGAGUAUGGCGAUGGGGAAAAGUACGUUCCUGUGAGGGUCGGGGGGAUUAAUCGUCUGUUGAUGAAGCUGGACUUUGGAUCGUGGAUUACAACGCAGGGAGAGUAUAUAUAG